AUGCUUCAACCACUCAAGAACGUCGUCAUUCUUGGCGGCUCCUAUGUCGGACUUGCUGCGGCGAAAGAGCUCGCAGCUGCAUUGCCAGCAUCUCAUCGUCCUCGCUUCUCUGUUGUGCCCAAAUACGAGCACAAGGCUUUUAUUCCAUACACCGCAGCCUUCGGGGCAUCACCCGACGCCUCGCGGCAUCAAGUCAUCCAGGCUCGCGCUGAGUCUCUCCACCGCGGUCGCGUCGUUCUUGAUCGGCCCUGGCAGGGGUCGGCCGAAAUCGUAUUCGACUACCUUGUCGUGGCCACCGGUACCCGACUACAAGCACCCGGCUCUAUGCCAUACGACGACAAACUGUCUUCGGUCGAGUAUCUCAGAUCUUACCAGGAUUCCGUCAUCAAGGCUUCGUCUAUCGUCAUAGUCGGAGGCGGCGCCGUCGGUGUUCAGAUGGCUACCGAUCUCAAAGAGUUGUACCCUGCAAAGGAGGUCACCCUUGUGCAUUCUCGGGAGCAUUUGAUGCCUUUGUAUCACACAAAGAUGGACGAAAUCAUCAAGUCCCGGUUCAGCGAGCUGGGUGUCAAGCUCAUCACUGGAACGCGCGCCGUGCUCCCUCCCGAUGGCACACAAGGUGCAUUGAAGCUCACGGAUGGCCGCGAGAUCGUAGCCGAUCUGGUCAUCCCCGCAACUGGACAAACACCCAACAACGGAUUUGUCAAAACUCUCGAGCCGAGCACCGACGAUCCGCUACUUAACCCAUCCAAUGGAUUUAUCAAAGUGCGGCCUACGCUCCAGUUCAAGGACCCGGCCUACUCCAAUCUGUUUGCCGCUGGUGACAUCGCCGACAGCGGAGCACACAAGGCUGCCCGACCCGGCGCUGCGCAGGCGCAGGUAGUCGCCAAGAACAUCGUCGCCAUGGUAGAGGGUCGGGAGCCCACUGAGAAGCUCUUAGUCACCCCUCCGGGGAUUCAUCUCUCUCUGGGGCUGAUUAAGAACAUGGUCUUCAGAAACCCCAAUGUUGCAGCCGGGGAAACGGAACCUACCGUUAUGAUGCGAGACGAUGGGAAGGAGGACAUGAAUAUUGAUAGUGUCUGGGAACGUCGCGGUGUCAGGGUCGCCGAACCAAAGGAAUACCACCUGUAA